UAUACACUGUCGAUUAUUGAUUUUUGUAUUAUAUUAAUAGAUAUUUAACGAUGAUUUCGCCAGCAAAUUUAUGUGAUAUUAAAGAUCGUAUCCACACAAAUGAGGAAAAAAUAAAUAUCCUGAGUAGCAUCAACAUUGUACUUAAGGAACGUCAUGAGAUUGAAUCCAAUUAUAAUCAUCUUCACAUAAAAUUUAAUCAGAUUCAAACAGAUGAAACUGACAGAAAAGAAAAGUUUGACUCGAGUAGAAAACGAUAUUUAAAUGAAUUAGAAAGUCAUGGCCAAGAGUUAUGUAAGGAACAUGCUCACAUAUUACAUCAAAUAGAGCACAUUACAUGGCAUCUGGAAGGAUGUACGAGACAUCGUCCAUGCAUGGGAAGACAACAAGAUUCUUGCCCAAAGAAGUCUGCUGCCAUGUCUAGUUGUACUCAGACAUCAGCACCAACCUGUAAUCGACCAUCAGCAAUGGAUCUUUCUUGUCAGGCAAACCUGAAGAAUACAUCUGAGCGCUUAAUCAAAAGUAUUGUAGAUUUACGUAAGAAAAUUUACAUUGUACAAGAUAAAUUGGAGAGUGAAGUUAAGCGCAAGAAAGAAAUGGAGAAGAAAUUGUCAGAGUUACGCAAGGACAUUUCUCGUCAGAAGAAAUCUCUCUCAGUGCGACGAAAUAUUCACAAUCAUACUCCUCUGGCAUCAUCAACGGCUGCGACAUCAUUAACCCUAUGCCCAUCAAUUGGAAUGAGCUCACAAACUGGGCAUUCAUGCUCAUCACUGCCACCUAUAAAAAAGUCACUCUUGGCUAAAUAACAUCGCGCCAACUCAGAAGGAGAGUGUCUUAAUAAAUGUCACCAAAAUCGACAUCAUCAUCAUCAGCAGCAACAUCACCAUCAUCAUCACAUGCAUACAGCAAAGAGAGCCCUCACUAGAUCAAUCUCUUGUUCAUCUGCAACAACUGCCAAUGAGUAGAAGACACAAACUCUUUCUGAGUAGCUUACUUUUCCUGAUUUUAACAAAUCAAACUAGAUUACACUAAGCCGUGAGAAGCAAAUAAUAAUGUUUCUUAUGGCUUAAUAUAUUUAAUCGCUAUAAAGAUCUAUAAAUUGUUUAUGGCUUGUCACGAGUUGAUAUGCAUUUUUUGUUUCAUUGAAAAAUGAAAAUAUGUCACUAAGCCAUGCAAUAUCGUUUUGACGUCAUUUUCUUAUCAAAGGGCAUAUCCUUGAAUUCUUUUAACAUGCAUUUACUUACUUGCC